AAUGAAUGAAAAGUACCUAAGAUACCCUCUCUCCACAAAAUGCCCAGUUGCUUGUUUUCUGCCUGUUGAAAUAAUAUUCUAGAGUCAGAGUCCAUGCCUGCUUCACCUGGAUGUUAUCUGUGACCUGUAGCGGGUGCCUCUGCCGGCAGAUAGAUGAGUCUUUGACCUGGGAUCCAGCUCCAGGCCAGCUCUGGCCUCUGAUCUCUGACCUCAUCCUCCCACCCACCCCCACACUCAGCCAGGCCAGCUUCUCUGCCUCUCAGACCUGCCUUCCUCCUCUGCCUGGCUGGCUCUAGGCUGUUCCUGGGUGGGCCAGUGGGAAGUUGGCUUUGUGUGUGGCAGGUCCCAGAAAGGGGUUCCCUUUCCUGUUUCUGUGUAUUCCUCCUCCCAGGACAGCUUUGACUUACCUCUUCCACUGCCCGGAGUUUUGCAGGUCUUCAGGGCAGGCCCUCCAAAUUCAGCAUUUCAGAACAGGAAGUGGUCUUAGAGAUCCGUGUGCAGAGUCUUCGUUUUGGAGUUUGGGGCAGGAAGUUUGAACGUGCAGGCGCCCUCACUCACAUCCGGUGCCCUUUAGUUAACUGUGCAUUCUCUUCCCACACCGAGUGGCUUGACGAGGUACAGCAGCUUCGCACUGAGAUAAAGAAACUGAGGCUCAGAGAGGUUGAGGAGUCCCAAUGAGGUCACAAAGUAGGCCAAAGCCAAGAGGAGGCCAGAACUCAGUUCUCUGGGCAGCCACACAGCAGUCUGUCACCUCAGAUGACAGCCUGUGUGCCUUCAUCAAGAAGCCACUUAACUGCCACCUGCCUGGUGACAGCAGAGAAGAGUCAAGCGUCUAAUUAAGGGUCCUCCGCACCACACGUUCCAGAGGGGGGGGUCACCAAGGUGGCCCUGCACCUUGUGCCAAGGCCUUGCUUCCAAGUCCUCACCCCGAGGGUCCCCAGACUGAAUAGGACAGGAAAUCACUGUUAUUAUGUUUAAUUAGAGCUUCAGCUAGACACGUCACCACCAGCCCUUGCAGGGCCGUGGCAGAACAGGCUGCCUUACACCCCAGAAGACAAGCCUGGCACACACGGGUGGCUGUGUGUGCCACCCACGGACAUCGCAAACACAAGGCUGGCCGCCUGUCCAUGGGAAGGAGACCUUCCUGGGGAUCCUCUGGCCCCUCCAGCCGAGCCUGCAGCCUUGGGAUUUCCUCUGUGUCUCAGCUCAGCGAGGUGGGGGUCCCCAGCUGGGAGCAAAGAUGAUGACCACACAGAAGAAGACCCUCAAAGUGCUCACCUUCCUGGUGCUCUUUGUCUUCCUCACCUCCUUUGUCCUGAACUAUUCGCACACCAUGGUGCCCGCUGCCUGGUUCCCCAAGCAGAUGGUCCUCGAGCUAUCACUGAACCUCCGGAAGCUGAUCAAGUCCCGGCCCUGCACCUGCACGCACUGCAUCAGCCAGCGCAAGGUCUCCGCUUGGUUCGACGAGCGUUUCAACCAGACCCUGCAGCCGCUGCUGACAGCCCACAAUGCAGUCCUGGAGGAGAACACCUACCAGUGGUGGCUGAGGCUGCAGAGGGAGAAGAAGCCCAGCAAUCUGAGCGAUGCUGUCAAGGAGCUGUUCAGCGUGGUGCCUGGGAACGUGGAUCCCAUGCUGCACAAGAGGUCCGUGGGCUGCCGGCGCUGCGCCGUGGUGGGCAACUCAGGCAACCUGCGGGAGUCCCUGUACGGAGCUGACAUAGACAGCCAUGACUUUGUGCUCAGGAUGAACAAGGCACCCACAGCGGGGUUUGAAGCUGACGUGGGGAGCAAGACCACGCACCAUCUGGUGUACCCCGAGAGCUUCCGGGAGCUGGGGGAGAAUGUCAGCAUGGUCCUGGUCCCCUUCAAGACCAUCGACCUGCAGUGGGUUGUCAGUGCCACCACCACUGGUACCAUCUCCCACACCUACGUCCCGGUCCCCACGAAGAUCAGAGUGAAGCAGGAUAAGAUCCUCAUCUACCACCCUGCCUUCAUCAAGUACGUCUUCGACAACUGGCUGCAGGGCCACGGGCGGUACCCGUCCACCGGCAUCCUCUCGGUCAUCUUCUCCAUGCAUGUCUGUGAUGAGGUGGACUUGUACGGCUUUGGGGCAGACAGCAAGGGGAACUGGCACCAUUACUGGGAGAACAACCCUUCAGCGGGGGCUUUCCGAAAGACCGGAGUGCAUGAUGCAGACUUUGAGUCCAAUGUGACAGCCACCCUGGCAGCCAUCCACAAAAUCCGGAUCUUCCAGGGGAGAUGAUGCUCUGGAGGGUCGAGGGUGGACUGACCACAUCACGCCUGGCGGUUUCCAGCCCCAGUCUCGCAGGAGCCGGAGCCUUCUGGGAGCUUCCAGAGCCAGCCUCUGGGGUGUGCCCAGGUGCAGCCGGAAGCCUCCUGCAACCCCGCUUCAGGCAGCAGUGACUCAGCAAAGUCACCCCACUCUGCCAGGGCUGCACAGCGAGUCCUGGGACCUAGGAGAGCUCGGCCCUCUGCUGUCCCAGUGCGGGGAAGGGAAGGCAAUGUUAAAAAAAAAAACAAAAAAACAAAACUGUUAUUUUAUGAGGAAAGACAAAUUCCCAGAGAGAUGGGCAGAGCCAGCCACCACCACAAGGCCCAGUGCUGACUCUGAAACCCCCUCUCACCGGCACGUAUGAGUGGCUGUUCCCUCCAGCACCGAGCCAUGCCAGCCGCGAGGCACAAGGACAAGAUGCUGCCGCCUUGUUUGCUUGAAGCCUGGCCGCUCUCUUCCUGGAGCUCACUGAUGACGCUGCGACCGCCCCCAGAGGUCUCCUAGGAGGCUGGCUGCCUUUCCCACAGGAGCAGCUGCCUGCGCCCACGUGCGUUCUUUCUCAUCAGUCGCGCGGGUCCAAUUAGUGCAGAGAGCCGCUCCAACUACUUCAUGUGCCUUUGUGCUUGAGUAAGAAGUGCAUGCGUUGGCUGAAAUGCAGCCGGAAACCCCAGCUCAAGGGAGGGUGCCCACCAGGGGGCGCCCUGCUGCUCUGGAAACCCUUUGUCAAUUUCCUGAGCCAGUGCCUGAGUUGGAAGGAGGCUCCGAUAACGCCUACGGGUGCACUGGUGUAGAGCACCCAGUGUACUCCCUGGACUUUCGGCUUUGGCGCCUGUGACCUUCCCUGGCCACGUAGAGCCUCACAGCCUGCACUUCCCCUGGUGCCCAAGCCCUGGGGUCAGGGUGGGGGGCUUCCAGGGAAUGGUGACCAGCACAUACCUCGUCUUCUCGCUCUCAGUCAUUCUCCUCCUCCUCCACCUUCCUAAUUAUUUAUUGAUUUUGUAAAAUGAUUCAACUGACAUGUGUGAGCUCUGGCUGUGCUGCUGCCCCUGGGUGUUUCCAUCACGUUUCUGUUGAGUCUUCUCUCGAAUCUGGGAGCAGGGAGCUUAAAGGAGGGCCUCUAGGACUCCUCCACUGGGGUGUGGCCCGUCCAUGGCUAGGGUUGGUUCCCGGGUGAACCAGGAACCGUGCGGUGGACCCAGCCACCUCCCCUUGAACACAGCCUCCCUUCCUCCUCCUCUCUGGCUCCUAGUCUCCCAUUCAGGCCACCUUACAACCAGGGGGUCCGAGCAAGGCGCCCAGGGACAGUGACUGUUGGCUGUAAUCACUGACCCUCACUCAGAAAAGCCACUUCCUGUGGAGAACAUUUCCCAGAGGCAGAUGUUGGGUGAGGAGGCGGGACAGUUUCUGGAUAGAGUAGGUGGGGUCCCCUCAGGUUCAGACCAGGAAGGCAGUGGACAGGAGCUGCGCUCAGGGCCUCAUCUGAGAACCAACUGACCUGGGCCUGCACCAUCCGCAGAAGUCCCUGGGAAGCAUGGGACGAGCUCGCUUUCCCCAUGAGCCUGGGCAGUGAGCGUCUGUCCUAUAGCUUUCAUCAGGUUCUCAGAGAUUCAGAAUCCAGAGGAGGGUUUUUGUUUGUUUGUUGUGUUUUUUGUUUCUGUUUAUGGGACUCUAGCCUGAUAAAGGCUGGUGAGUGGUAGAAGUCACAGUCAGGCAUAAAGAUGAGAGCUCAGCUCAUGUGGAUCCACUGCUGGGACCUGAGAUGUACACAUUUGGGCCCAGCCAGCAGUGCUCACCCUGAGCACCACCCUCACCCACUGAGUCUGUUCAGGGUGACUGCUUGCUUGGGUCUGCCGAUUAAGAAAUGGUCCUGGAAGUGACGCUGGGCCUGUGUCUGCACUGGAAGCUGCCUGCUACCGUGCCUGGCCUCCAUCUGCCCCCUACUACCAGAGGAUGCCCCCCCACCGCCCCGGGAUCCCAAACAGCUCUUCAUUUUACAGACUAGAAAAGAAAGGCCCAAAGAAGGGAUGUGACUGACAAAAGUGACCAGUUAUGACAGAGAGCACGCGG